AUGUAUAGUACAACAAAUUCAGAGGAAUUUUCCAACAAGUUCCAACGAUCUCUAGAUGGUCCAAACAACCAUAACAUCUUUCCUAGACAAUCCCCUUCCAAUCAUAAUACGGAUCCAAACUUGAUGAGAACCACCCAAUUGUUCCAUUCAACAAUUAAUAGUAAAUCAGUUACACUUCAUAAGGGAACAGGUGGAGGUUUUCAAACAAACAAUUUACCAUUUCGCCCAACUGAUAAUGAAAUUCCUGUUCAACCAGUGACAAGAUGGAGAGACAGACUCAUUGAUCCUAAUUGCCAUCCAUCAGAUUUGUCAAUGUCUCAAUCAGCAUUUAAUAAGAAGGCUAGUUUAUACAAGGAGAAGGAACAUGCAGAUGUUUUGGUUGAGACUUUAAAGAAAUCAGCAGGGUAUCAAUCAAAAGUUGAGGAUGAUCCUCUCUUAUCAUCACAUCCAACAGGAUACAAGAGCAAUUUUAAAUCAAAGAACAUUGUAUCUGGGCAGGAUUACCCAGAUCAUGUUGACUUACCAACCAGACAGCAUGUUAGUGAAAUGAAACAAAACUAUACUUUUGGAGAUCCUUAUCAAUUCAAUUCAUUUAUGGACACUAUUAAGAGUUCUAACGUAGAGUACUAA